UAAGCGAGUUUGUCCAGGAUUUGCCUUCUGCCAUGUCUUCUGAAGAAGGGAAGCUCUUCGUGGGAGGGCUCAACUUCAACACCGAUGAGCAGGCACUCGAAGACCACUUCAGCAGCUUUGGGCCUAUCUCUGAGGUGGUUGUUGUCAAGGACGGGGAGACUCAAAGAUCCCGGGGUUUUGGCUUCAUCACCUUCACCAACCCAGAGCAUGCCUCAGAUGCCAUGAGAGCCAUGGACGGAGGGUCCCUGGAUGGGCGCCAGAUCCAUGUGGACCAUGCAGGCAAGUCUGCCCGGGGAUCUAGAGGGGGAGCCUUUGGGGCCCAUGGGCGUGGUCGCAGCUACUCCAGAGGUGGUGGAGACUAGGGCUAUGGAAGUGGAAGAUAUGUCAGUCGACCUGGAGGAUAUGAGUAUGGAUAUGGACGGUCUAGAGACUAUAGUGGCAGAAGCCAGGGUGGUUAUGAGCGCCACUCAGGAUGAAAUUACAGAGACAAUUAUGACAACUGAGAUGGGGCAUACACACAUAAUGUAGAUACACAAGGAAUAACACUUCUGAU